CUGUUUUCUUUCUCUCCUCGAGCAGACAAGAACUUUCGGCCAUUUUUUCGGGGUGUUUGUUGUUUUCACCCAAACAAGAGGCUGCUCUCAGGUCGACGCUGAAAUGUGCCUCCCAGUGAACCUAUGGCGAGUUUGGAGGAGGGUAAAAUGAUCCCAGAUCAGUGUCUGUUUCGGUGUCAUGCCAUCCCCCAUCGCGCUGCUAGGUGCGCGCCAGCCUCGCGAUAGCCUCGCCUACUAGAAUCAAAGCUCCGCUCGUGAACUGGAUGCUGACAGGCGCGCGGUGCGGUCAUCAUGCAAAGGUUACAUUGGAUCCGUUUCAGCGAGUCUCUGAAGAAGAAGCUGCUCCUCCGCAGGACCCUCACGGGUCACAAAAUGCGAGACGUCUAGCGACACAAAAACGCUCGGACUCACGUUUACGGGCCUGUUUGGUUACAGCAGGUGUCAGACGAUGGACGCAAGUUUGGGAUUUCCGCGAACGGCAGUGUGUACGCUGGCUCCUCUCGGCGGUAAAGUGGCUUCAUGAGUGUCCAAAGUAACAGUGGAAGUGGUGGUGGAAGUUUGGAGGCGACGCCAUCUUGGUCGCAGCUCUCCUCGUCCCCAACGAUUUCUCAACAACAUAUAACGGCGACCGCAAAGAGCAAGGAAGGCCCAAUGGAGGAGCUGCACAGCCUGGACCCCAGGAGACAGGAGCUGCUGGAGGCCAGGUUCACAGGGGCUGUCAGUGGCAACACAGUAGGCAGCACUGGGAGCACCAGCGGAGGUGCUAAGGGUCUGGCCAACGAGUCGUCUAACCACAGCUAUGGCAGUCUGGGCUCAUCUAGCGACAAGGAGUCAGAGAACUCUGAUUUGAAAAGAGGGAGCUCCCCUGCCUACUCAACCCCAGAGAAGAAGCACUCUGAGACGUCCAGAGGGAGGAAAAGGAAAGCUGAUACCUAUUCAGAGAGUAGUCAAGGGAAGACUUCCACACGCGGGCCCAAGAUCAGCGACUACUUUGAUUUCCAGCAGGGUGGAAAUGGUUCCAGUCCAGUCAGAGGACUCCCAUCGGCUCGCCGCUCUCCACAGAACUCACACUCUGCCCCGGGCUCUAUCAUCCGGCAGAACAGCUCCUCUCCUACGAGUCUGUCUUUUGGGGAACACAAUCCUAAAGCUUCCUCCAGCAAGUGUGUCCAGACGGAGCUGACAGGCUUGAAACUCGCUGCUCUGGAGAGCAACAAGAGUCUGGACCUGGAAAAAAAAGAGGGGCGAAUAGACGACCUGCUCAGGGCUAACUGUGACCUGCGGCGACAGAUAGACGAACAGCAGAAACUCCUGGAAAAAUACAAAGAGAGGCUCAAUAAGUGCAUCACCAUGAGCAAGAAACUGCUUAUAGAGAAGAGCACCCAGGAGAAGCAGUCGUGUCGUGAGAAGAGCAUGCAGGACCGUCUCCGUCUCGGUCACUUCACCACUGUCAGGCACGGAGCGUCCUACACGGAGCAGUGGACGGACGGAUACGCAUUCCAGAACCUGAUCAAGCAACAGGAGGGCAUCAACCAGCAGAGGGAGGACAUCGAGCGACAAAGGAAGCUGCUGGCCAAGAGGAAGCCUCCGAACCCUGCGUCUCCCUCCCUGUCGGUGGCCUCCACCUCUGAACCCAAGCAGCGCAAAACUAAGGUGGUCAAUGGCAACGACUCGGACCCCUUCCUCAAGCCCUCCUUGCCCCAGCUACUGACCCUCGCUGAGUACCACGAGCAGGAAGAGAUCUUCAAGCUUCGCCUUGGACAUCUGAAGAAGGAGGAAGCUGAGAUCCAGGCUGAGCUGGAGCGGUUGGAGCGGGUGCGAAACCUUCACAUUAGAGAGCUGAAGAGGAUAAACAACGAGGACAGCUCAGCGUUUAAAGACCACCCUACGCUGAAUGAGAGGUACCUGCUGCUGCACUUGCUGGGCAGGGGCGGCUUCAGUGAAGUCUAUAAGGCUUUUGACCUGUUUGAGCAGCGCUACGCAGCUGUUAAAAUCCACCAGCUCAACAAGAACUGGAGAGAGGAGAAAAAGGAGAACUACCACAAGCAUGCAUGCAGGGAAUACCGGAUACACAAGCAGCUGGACCAUCCCAGAAUAGUCAAACUGUAUGACUACUUCUCCCUGGAUACUGACACGUUCUGUACAGUUCUGGAGUUCUGCGAAGGCAACGACCUGGACUUCUACCUGAAGCAAAACAAGCUGAUGUCAGAGAAGGAGGCACGCUCCAUUGUCAUGCAGAUUGUCAGCGCCCUGCGCUACCUCAACGAAAUCAAACCCCCCAUCAUCCACUACGACCUCAAACCUGGUAACAUCCUGUUGGUGGACGGUACUGCGUGUGGAGAAAUCAAAAUCACAGACUUCGGCCUGUCUAAGAUUAUGGAUGAUGAUAACUAUGGCGUGGACGGGAUGGACCUCACAUCACAGGGAGCAGGCACCUACUGGUACCUUCCUCCAGAGUGUUUUGUGGUCGGGAAGGAGCCACCUAAAAUCUCCAACAAGGUGGACGUCUGGUCUGUGGGAGUCAUCUUCUUCCAGUGCCUCUACGGACGCAAGCCGUUUGGUCACAACCAGUCACAGCAGGAUAUUCUCCAGGAAAACACCAUCCUCAAAGCUACAGAGGUCCAGUUCCCUGCUAAACCACAGGCCAGCACAGAGGCCAAGGCAUUUAUCCGGCGCUGUCUGGCCUACCGCAAGGAGGACCGGUUCGACGUUCACCAACUGUGCUCGGACUCCUACCUCCUCCCUCACAUGAGACGCUCAAACUCCUCCGGCUCCCUGCAGCCCUCCGCCUCAUCUCUUCCUACCUACUGACUGGCUCUCUCACGUGACUAAUGGGACGCUGCGGCCAAUCACAAGGCAGGAUUGUUGGAAUUGGAGGAUAAUGAUAUGGAUCUUGUUUUAUUGUUUUACUUGAGCUGUUCCCAAAUGGAAGAAGCAACAGAGCGGAAUUAAAUGGAAACCAUGAGAUGGAAAAAGAAAGAAGAGGGAUACCUCGUUUGCAUACGUUGUACAGAGUUGUGCCCUUGAACUCAGCUGUGUGAGACAGGGGAAAGAACAUAACUGGAAGGGAAAUGGAAAGAGAGGCUCAGCAUUGUUUGGAGCAAGAAAAGGAAACGAUGAAGCCAGUGGAUUCUUUAUGGACUUUGUUAAAUAACCCCGUAGGAGACAUUUCAACAGCUGUAGGAGCUCCUAGAUGCCCUGUCCAAGCCCACCUCUCUUAGCUCAACACCAUUAUACACCUCACAAGAUGGCUUGAAUUUCUUCAACAUGAAGCCGCUCUUAUUGAUGUUCAUGUUACUGAUUUGAGGGUGGCAUUGACCAGCGGGGAUCAGAAAAAAGGGAGGGGGUGUUGCAGAGGAGGUGUGUGUGUCUGUACGUCAAAUAUAGGCCCAAUUCAACUCUGCAAUCCAUUUUUACGAGGCACAAAAUGGUUACAUCUCAUUAAAUUUACCCUCUCUGGUGCACAUGAUGGGGCUUCACUUUAAAAGUGAUGUAACCUAAAAAAAAAAAGAAAAA